AUGGCGUCUUUCACCCUCUCGUCGCCUGUCCUGCCCAACUCCAUUUUGUCCCCGGCUCCUCACACGGCGGCAGUUCAGCAAAUUUCCAUUCCAGCCGUAUCCGGCCUGAGGGUGGGAGCGCGUCAGCAGGAGAGCAAGCACAGCGUGUCGCACACAUCCACUCCAGCGUCGCCACUGCUAUGCCGCGCGUCCGCCGACAAUGCCAGCGACGCCGCCAUCAGCCGUCGCGGCGUGAUGCUCGCCGGCGGGUUGGCCGGUGCGCUGAGCGUGGUGCCGCCGGUGGUGGGGCGGGCAGUGGCGGCGGAGGAGCUGUCGGAGUGGGAGCAGGUGCCGUUGCCCGUCGCACCGGGCGUCGUGCUGCUCGACAUCGCCUUCGUUCCCGACGAGCCCGACCACGGGUUCCUGCUGGGCACGCGGCAGACGCUGCUGGAGACGCGCGACGGCGGGCGAACGUGGGCGGCGAAGGAGAUCCCUUCGGCGGAGGAGGAGGACUUCAACUACCGGUUCAACGCCAUCAGCUUCCAGGGCAAGGAGGGGUGGAUCGUCGGCAAGCCCGCCAUCCUGCUCCACACCAGCGACGCCGGCACCACGUGGACGCGCGUCCCGCUCUCCGCGCGCCUCCCCGGCACCCCUGUGGCGAUCUGCGCGACGGGCGAGCGCGCGGCGGAGAUGGUGACGGACGAGGGUGCCAUCUACGUGACGGCCAACGGCGGCUACAACUGGCGCGCCGCCGUUGAGGAAACCAUCUCCGCCACGCUCAACCGCACUGUAUCGAGCGGCAUCACGGGCGCGAGCUACUACACGGGCAGCGUGAGCACCAUCAACCGCUCGCCCGACGGCAGCUACGUGGCCGUGUCCAGCCGCGGCAACUUCUUCCUCACCUGGGAACCCGGCCAGACGUUCUGGCAGCCGCACAACCGCAGCAGCGCGCGGCGCAUCCAGAACAUGGGGUGGCGCGCCGAUGGCGGGCUCUGGCUGCUCGUGCGCGGCGGAGGCCUCUUCCUCGGCCAGGGGGAGGGGGUGUCGGAGGCGUUUGAGGAGGUGCGCAUUGCCAGCCGUGGCUUCGGACUGCUCGAUCUCGGUUACAAAAGCAAUGACGAGGCGUGGGCAGCGGGCGGCAGUGGGGUGCUGCUCAAGACGGCGGAUGGAGGCAAGUCAUGGGUGCGGGACCGAGUGGCUGACAACCUGGCAGCCAACCUCUACAACGUCAAGUUCAUUUAUGGAAAGGGCUUUAUUCUUGGGAAUGAUGCCCUAGCGCUUCGCCUGGCGGCCUCGUCGGCCCACCCGUUCCUACCUACCGCUGCGCUUGCGCUAGCGCCAGCCACGCCCGCGCCUGCUGCCCCGCUCGCACCAGCGCCUGCUGCCGCCGCGCCUGCCGCGCUCGCUCCUGCGCUCGCCCCUACCGCUGCCGCGCUCACGCCUGCCGCGCCCGGGCCUACCGACGCUGCGCUCGAGCCUGAUGCCGUCGCACCCGCCGCCGCUCGCGCCUGCUGCGCUUGCGCUCGCAGCUGCCGCAACCGUGCCUGUUGCGCCCGCGCCUGCAUGUCAGAAUAG